UUUUCGCGCAUGUGCAAACAGAUCGGACAGCAUCGAGGCGACCAAGAUGGCGGACUGAAGAAGUUUCAAAUGAACGACCUCACAGACAUAGAAAUUCACGACAACUACGACAAUAAAUACCUUCAACGAUGCUCUUUUCUAAGGGCAACGAAACGGAAGUUGUGUUCGGAGCGAUGGAGUGUUAUGUGAAGUGAAGAUUGAAGACGUGAUAGAAGAUGGACGACUACUGCUAUGCUAAGAUGGCGACGUCCGCUAAAAGAGAACAUGAAAGAGAAUCAGCGCCACCAACUUCCAGCAAAUCACCAACGGAGAUAAAGACGAAAGAUGAAGACAUCCGGCGGUUGAUUGGUCAUCCAGAAAAACUUACCCCUCAGCUGCAAAGGGGGAUCUGUAUUUUGAAGAAGGAGGUUUCACAGCCCCCCCACGUUAAAAAGGAAGAGGAGGAACACUGGAUCACUCAGGAGGGAGAGUGUCUUCUAGGACCACAGGAGGCUGAUCUCACCAAGUUGCCACUGACUGUUGUCUCUGUGAAGACCGAAGAUGACGAAGAGAAACCACAACUAGACAACUUCUUAUCUCCACUAUCAGAUAGUGAGGCUGAAGACGAGGUUGAAGUAACUUUGAGCAGCGAUACAGAUUGUGAAGAUGUCCAGCAGCUGAUUGGUCAUUCAAAAGAACUUUCCCCUCGGCCGCAGGGUCGAGGCUCCAUGUUGAAGCAGGAGGGUCCAUUUCCAUCCCAUAUUAAAAAAGAAGAGGAGGAACUCUGGAUCACUCAGGAGGGAGAGUGUCUCGUAGGACCACAGGAAGCUGGUCUCACCAAGUUGCCACUGACUGUUGUCUCUGUGAAGACUGAAGAUGAUGAAGAGAAACCACAAAUAGACAACCUCUUAGCUCCACUAUCAGAUAGUGAGACUGAAGACGAGGUUGAAGAACCUUUGAGCAGCGAUACAGACUGUGAAACAGAUAUUAGGACUCACACUGACAACAAACACUUAAAAUGCCCUAAAAGGAAGACAGAUACCGAACCUGUGCCCUGCUCAGUUUGUCCUAAAAGGUUUCCUAACAAGAGUGAACUGACUCGACAUGUGCGGACGCAUACAGGAGAAAAACCCUUUAGUUGUUCAAUUUGUGGGAAAAGAUUCACUCUGAAGGGAAAUUUGGCAAAACACAUGAAAACACACACAGGAGAAAAACCAUUUAUAUGUUCAGUUUGUGGCAAAAGAUUCAUUCUGAAAGGAAAUUUGGUAACACACAUGAAAAUGCACACAGGAGAAAAACCCUUUAGUUGUUCAGUUUGUGGGAAAAGAUUCAUCCUAAAGGCGGAUAUGGUAAAACACAUCAGAACACACACAGGGGAAAAACCCUUUAGUUGUUUAGUUUGUGGUAAAAGAUUCACUCUCAAGGCAAAUUUGGUAACACACAUGAAAACACAGGAGAAAAAACAUUCAAUUGAUUGUUUGCCUUAGAAUAUUCGCUCUGAAGGCAAAUAUGAUGACACUAAUGAGAACGUGGGAAUAAACAUUUAAUUGUUAGUUUAUGUUAGUAAAUUAUUAGUUUCAAGAAGUAGUCACCUGAAAUGGUUUUCACUUCACAGGUGUGCUUGAAGCUCAUUGAGAGAAUGCCAACAGUGUGCAAAGCAGUAAUCAGAGCAAAGGGUGGCUAUUUUGAAUAAACUAAAAUAUAAAACAUGUUUUCAGCUAUUUCUCCUUUUUUUGUUAAGUACAUAACUCCACAUGUGUUCAUUCAUAGUUUUGAUGCCUUCAGUGACAGUCCACAAUGUAAAUAGUCAUGAAAAUAAAGAAAAUGCAUUGAAUGAGAAGGUGUGUCCAAACAUUUGGCCUGUACUGUACUGUACUGUACUGUACUGUACGUGGACUGUUUGUUACAAGCAGCCCUCUGAGGGCGGCCGUAAGUGAAAAGGAGUUUGAUUCCCCUGUUCUAAAAAAAAUAAAACCAUUGCAUAAACUGGUUUGAAAGCAGCGUUCUACAACACAAACGCCUUCAUUUUGAUUGUGUUUGGCUUUUAAAAAAUCAGAAUACAGAAUGCAUGACUCGGACACGUGAUAAACAGCCGUAUUUUAACACUACAACUUUUUCGUACACAAAAUGGAAAGGAA